CGUCACCGCUGUCACUACAGGAAGGAGCGGUUGCAAGAAGAAAGCAAACCCUUGCCCAAAAAUUCCUAAUUUUUACACCGAAUCUGGAUACCGAUCACUAAAAUUACCACACAGGUACCUCAACAACAUGUCGAAGACUAAGGAAAAGCAGCUAGGCCUUCAUAAGGUCAUUAUGGUAGGCAGUGGAGGCGUCGGCAAGUCAGCCUUGACCUUACAAUUCAUGUACGAAGAGUUUGUCGAGGAUUAUGAGCCAACUAAGGCGGAUAGCUAUCGGAAGAAGGCGAUUCUUGACGGGGAAGAAUGUCAGAUUGAUAUUCUGGACACAGCCGGACAAGAAGAUUAUGCCGCGAUUCGAGACAACUAUUUCCGUAGUGGUGAGGGUUUUCUCUGUGUGUUUUCUAUUACCGAGCCGGAGUCAUUCGCAGCGACGACGGAGUUUCGUGAACAGAUUCUCCGAGUGAAAGGGGAUGAUAAAAUACCUUUCCUUUUGGUUGGAAAUAAGAGCGAUUUAACCGACAAAAGACAAGUUACUAGCGAAGAAGGGCAAAGCAAGGCUGAUGAAUGGGGUGUUCCCUACGUAGAAACCUCUGCCAAGACGCGUUCUAAUGUGGACAAAGUAUUUUUUGAUCUCAUGAGGGAGAUAAGAUCACGAAAAAUGGACGAUGGUUCUAAACCUGCUGGAAAAGGCAAGAAGGGUAAAAAGGGUAAAAAGAAAUGUGUAAUACUCUGAUGAAUGGUGGAUGUAAUUAUCGAUUGUAAUUUGAGAUCAACAGUGUAGACUUUAGGCACAAUAAUAAUAUAGUCAGGACAAUUGAGUGCACUAGUUUGGCAUAGUACAGUAAACAUUGUAUUGUACAGUUGUUACUAGUUACUGGCAAGUCGUUGUGCAAACUAAAUACCUGUGUUCCACAGCUUUUGACAUUUGAAUAAUCCUGUCUCAUCCUGCACUUACGAACUAUAUUAUUAUAACAAACACAAGGCUUGUCACUCUUUGUACUUUAUUACCCAAUUCAUAAUCAUUUUUUUUUAUUUCAAUAGUACCCAAGGCAACUGCCUUGUUAAUAAAAUUCUUUACUUGGGCACAGUUUACAUUAAGUUGUCAAUAAAAUGCCCAAAUGUUUAAGUACUGCUUCACUAAAGGAAAAACCUAAUUAUCAAAUAUUUAAACUAUGAUACAUAUAUUAAGCAGUAGAUUGAAGUUUCGGUUGUAAAUUCAUGUCCAAGAACACCAAUAUAGAUAACACAACUAGCUCUAUUCCUUACCUUAUAUAUAUCACUGUACUUUGUUCUUUGAUAUGAAUUUACAACCAAAUUUCCCUAGGGUUGUAUCACAAAUAACGAACAGGAUAUAAGGUAUCACACAUGCAAAAAAAACUAUCAGUAUUUCAAGUGUUUAUCACAACAUAUGCCACAGAAAGUAAAAAAAAAAUCUCGCUUUGAUGAUUUAGGCUAAGGCUAUAUUUACACCCUUAGUUUAUCAUUGUUCACCUUCUAUCCUACUUAUGUUUGAAUGACACUUACAUACAUGUUUAUAAAUCAUAAAACAAUUAUUUAAUAAUAGGUUGAAUAUUCAUAAGAAUAUGUAUACCAUUGGAAGUGAUAGUUAAAGAACAGUUUGGUCUCACAUGGACUUUCCACACAUGUUUACAUGACCAUCAAAACUAGUUCCAAUCAAGAAAUUAAAUCAACACAAGGCUGAAGUUGUGCAUUGUAUGCCUCUUUAGUUUUCUUGGCAUUUCAAACAUUAGUCUCUCUUUUUGCUCCAGGAAAGGGUUAUGAUUUUAAUAUCAUCACUAGACUGUUUAAAAAGACAUACAAUAUUCAGCUCCAAGCCUUCAUUGAUUUAUUGUUUUAGCUUAGUUACUCAACAGAUUUCCUAUAAUUUCUCUAGUCAUACCAUUCAGUCUUCAUCAAAUUCUCAACAACCAUGUUCAAUACUAGAUUUGCGUUAGAGGGAUAUGUUUUAAGGCACUCUAUUAAAAGUCCAAAUAUAUACUGUAGUAAAAAGAAAGCAUAUUUCAACCAA